AUUUUUUGAAGUAACCGUUAAAUUCCAAGUAACUUUUGUAAUUACCAAUUGAAAUAAAGUAAUCAGUAAAGUAACUCACUUGCUUUUUGAGGUAACUGUGGCAACACCGGUCUUGAUAAAUGCAGACAUGACAACAAAAUGUCUAAUUCGCAGUUAUCUUUGUGGGUCUGAAAAAUAGAUAGUAAGUAAGUAAGUUUCUUUCAGCUUGUCCCUUUCAGGGUCGCCACAGCGUGUCAUCUCAGAUUAACGCACAUAUAUGUUUGGCACAAUUUUUACACCGGAUGCCCUUCCUGACGCAACCCUUCUCAGGGAGUGGAGGCCCCAGUGGGAUACGAACCCACAACCCCUGGUUUACCAAACCACUGCUCUAACCACUGAGCUCCGGGGCUCAUCUGAAAAAUAGAUACAUUUUCAUAAAUCAUUUCGAGACAAAUCUCUCCUCAUAUGCAGUGGCGUCUCCGCUGGCAUAUUAGUCAAAUAGCUAGUAGUGCUAACUGUACCAGAGAUGUGCAAGUGAGUAACUGCCCUAAACCGAUCAAUUAAAACACACACACACACGCACACACAAUGCACUGAAACCGGGAUAAGUGAAUCGCGAUAGAGCGAGGGAUUACUAUAACUGAUCGUCUUCGACUCUGAUGAGAGAGAGAGAGAGAGAGAGAGAGAGAGAGAGAGAGAGAGAGAGAGAGAGAGAGAGAGAGAGAGAGAGAGAGAGAGAGAGACCCGCGUACGCGUCUGAGGUGACAGUAGCUAGCAGUAGGAGCGCUUUACAUGAUACACUAAACAUUCACAUACAGUAUAGUGUAUACAGUCGUGUGUUUGUGUACUUAAGUAGUUGUACUACACUAGGUAGUUAGUUGGUUAGUUGGUUUAGUUAGUUGGUUGGUUGGUUUGUUGUUGCGCGCUUGUGCGUCCGGGCGGAUGUUUGGAGCAGGAGCCUGGCUGUGUUGCCUUUACGGACCUUCUUCUUGUUGUUGUUGUUCUUCUUGUUCUCGUGGUUCUCGCGGAACUUCCAGCCCGGCGGCGGUCUCGGGUGACGACCCCUCGGCGUCGGCACGACGGUGGAGCGCGAUGGGGGGCUCCCGGACGAGCACGGCCAGCGAGCGCAGCACUUUAGCGGCGUCGUAAACGCCACACACCGGCCGGCCGGCCGGGGGACCGGGGACCGCGCAGGAGGGGCGGGCGGGGGUCCCGGAGCGGCAGAGGCGUUCGAGGACCCGCUCCCGUCCACUCGCACUUGUUAAUUCGGCGGGCUUCCGAUGGAGCGAGUCCCCCCGGCGGUCGCCGCCAAGAUGCGCUGCUUGACGCUGCUGCUGGCCGGCUUGAGCGUGUGGGCCAAGGUGGGCUUGUGUGCGCCGGACUACGACGACCGCGACCGAGACCGCGACUACGAUUACUACGACGACGACGACAGGCCUGACGCCAUCGACUACAAGGACCCCUGCAAAGCCGCUGCAUUCUGGGGCGACAUCGCCUUAGACGAGGAGGACCUCGCCAUGUUCUGUAUCGACAGGACCGUAGACCUGACCCACAGCCUGCUGGGACACACGUCAGGUGGUCUGGAGGACCAGGCGGUUGCGAAAAGGAGAGGCUCGUUGUACCUGCUGCUGGAGAGGAUACGAAAUUUCGGCCUGGACUUUCUCCUGAAAAACUCCAGUCACAAGAGCCAAAGUGGCAAAAGCGUCAAGGCCGGAUAUACCACCAAGAGUCGCUUUCCCCGAGCGGCCACCUCCCGAGCCGAGAGGAUCUGGCCCGGUGGGGUCAUUCCCUACAUCAUCGGCGGCAAUUUCACUGGGAGUCAGAGGGCCAUGUUCAAGCAGGCCAUGCGUCACUGGGAGAAACAAACGUGUGUGACGUUCAUUGAGAAGACCGACGAGGAGAGCUACAUUGUGUUCACCUACAGACCAUGUGGGUGUUGCUCCUAUGUGGGUCGCCGCGGCAACGGGCCCCAGGCCAUCUCCAUCGGCAAGAACUGCGACAAGUUCGGCAUCGUGGUGCACGAACUGGGCCACGUCAUCGGCUUCUGGCACGAGCACACGCGGCCCGACCGCGACGACCACGUCACCAUAAUUCGCGACAACAUCCAACCAGGUCAGGAGUACAACUUCCUUAAGAUGGAACCGGGCGAGGUGAACUCUCUGGGCGAGCCGUACGACUUUGACAGCAUCAUGCACUACGCCAGGAACACCUUCUCACGGGGGAUGUUCCUUGACACCAUCCUUCCAUCCAGGGACGAAAACGGCGUCCGGCCUGCAAUAGGUCAGCGGACCAGACUCAGUAAAGGAGACAUUGCACAGGCAAGGAAGCUCUAUAGAUGUCCAGCAUGCGGAGAGACGUUGCAAGAUUCCACAGGCAACUUUUCGUCACCGGGUUACCCCAAUGGCUACCCUUCGUACACUCACUGCGUGUGGAGAAUAUCUGUUACACCUGGAGAAAAGAUCGUGCUGAACUUCACCACCAUGGACCUGUACAAGAGCAGCCUGUGUUGGUACGACUACCUGGAGGUGCGCGACGGGUACUGGAGGAAGGCUCCUCUCUUGGGCAGGUUCUGCGGAGACAAACUUCCUGACGUGCUGACCUCCACCGACAGCAGAAUGUGGAUAGAAUUCCGGAGCAGCAGCAACUGGGUGGGGAAAGGCUUCGCUGCCAUUUAUGAAGCCAUCUGCGGCGGCGAGAUCAACAAAGACUCGGGGCAGAUCCAGUCCCCGAACUACCCCGACGACUACCGGCCCUCCAAAGAGUGCGUGUGGAGGAUCACCGUCUCCGAGGGAUACAACGUGGGACUCAGCUUUCAGGCCUUCGAGAUCGAGCGACACGAUAGCUGCGCGUAUGACUACUUGGAGGUGCGCGACGGACCCCUGGAGACGAGCCCUCUGAUUGGCCGAUUCUGCGGCUACGACAAACCCGAAGACGUGCGCUCCACCGCACACACGCUUUGGAUGAAGUUCGUCUCGGACGGCACGGUCAACAAAGCCGGCUUUGCUGCCAACUUCUUCAAGGAGGAGGACGAGUGUUCCAAGCCGGACAAUGGCGGCUGUGAGCAGAGAUGCAUCAACACGCUGGGGAGCUUUAAGUGCGCCUGCGACCCAGGCUAUGAACUCGCGCCCGACAAAAAGAGCUGUGAAGCUGCGUGCGGCGGCCUGUUGUCCAAGCUGAACGGCACCAUCAGCACGCCGGGCUGGCCCAAAGAGUACCCACCAAACAAGAACUGCGUGUGGCACGUGGUGGCCCCUACGCAGUACCGCAUCUCCAUGCAGUUUGAGGCCUUUGAGCUGGAGGGCAACGAGGUGUGCAAGUACGACUACGUAGAGGUGCGCAGCGGACUGUCGCCCGACUCCAAGCUGCACGGGAAAUACUGCGGCACGGAGGUCCCUGAAGUCAUCACCUCGCAGUUCAACAACAUGAGGAUCGAGUUCAAGUCGGACAACACCGUGUCCAAGAAAGGCUUCAAGGCCCACUUCUUCUCAGACAAGGACGAGUGCAGCAAGGACAACGGCGGCUGCCAACACGAGUGUGUCAACACGGUGGGCUCGUACGUGUGCCAAUGUCGCCACGGCUUUGUGCUGCACGAGAACAAGCAUGACUGCAAGGAAGCCGAGUGUGAGCACAAGAUCCACAGUCCCAGCGGCAGCCUGAGCAGCCCCAACUGGCCCGACAAGUACCCGAGCCGCAAGGAGUGCACCUGGGACAUUUCGGCCACGCCAGGACACCGUGUCAGGAUUACGUUCAGCGAGUUCGAGAUCGAGCAGCACCAGGAGUGCGCCUACGACCACCUGGAGGCCUUCGACGGCGACGGCGACGCGGCGGCCAUCUUGGGCCGGUUAUGCGGCAGUAAAGUUCCCGAGCCGCUGGUGUCCACCGCCAACCGGAUGUACCUCCGAUUCAUCUCCGACGCCUCCGUGCAGCGGAAAGGCUUCCAGGCCACUCACUCCACCGAGUGCGGCGGUCGUCUGAAGGCGGACGCCCGGCAGAAGAACUUGUACUCGCACGCCCAGUUCGGGGACAACAACUACCCUGGCCACAGCGACUGCGAGUGGCUGCUGACGUCCGAGCAGGGCUACGGCAUCGAGCUCAGCUUCGUCACCUUCGAGGUGGAGGAGGAGGCCGACUGCGGCUACGACUUCAUUGAACUCUACAACGGCUACGACGCCGAUUCGCACAGGCUGGGCCGAUUCUGCGGCUCGGGGCCCAGGGAGGGAAUCUACUCGCCCAGCAAUGCCUUGCUGAUCCGUUUCCAUAGUGAUGACACCAUCAGCAAAAAGGGCUUCCACAUCCGCUACUCCAGCACCAAGUUCCAGGAGAGCCUCCACGCCAGGAAAUGACCCCCUGAAAAAAAUCUCCUCACGGACCCAGCCCCCACGUGGAUGUGGGCGGCCGUAUCUCCUCAAGAAGAACGCCCGGGGCGAGAUCUCGCAGAGAAUUUUAGACAUUUCCCGCCUACGGCAAAGUUGCUCGUCGGAUGCGGCAACGGCACACUGCGGAUGAACUAAAGAACCUGAAAAAUUGGAAAAUGCAUCAAGCAUUUAAGUAUCCUACAUUCUUGAACUGUACAGAUUAUUGCAAGACUGUUGAUUUUAUUGUCCCCCCCCCCAUCUACUCUAAAAGCAGACGUUUUUACCUCUUCCAGAAUGGCUUCAGAUAUCUUGUGUUGAUCUUUAAUAUGUAUAUAUAUAUAUACAGUAUGUGUGUGCGUGCGUAUAUAGAGAAAAGAUAUGUGGAAAAAGUUAUCAGAUCUCCACUAAGGCCAAACGAUCCAAUUUCUGCUUGACCGGUGGGCAAUUCCACUCCAUUCCGGUAGGUGGCAGUAGUCCACAGUAAAAACUGGGUAGCUAUGGCCAUCAAACAGUUUUUAUUACCACAGUGGCAGCCGCUGGAUUUGAUCCCAAAGUAAGCAAACUGUAAUGGUGAAAAAGUAGAUAAAUAUGUAUCAUGUAUGUCAAAGCCCUAUUUAUCACCAAAGGAAGGAGACUGUAAAAGUAGGGAAAAAAUUGGAUGGUCGGUGACCCUGAAGUGUUACUGGCCCACUUUAUACCCGAGCAAGUGGACUGAAUGGCGAAAAAGUAGACAAAAAUAUUUUGGUGGGUCACUGACCCCACCCCAUUUCCCUGCUGUAUCGAUUCUAAUCUGAUGCAAUUCCACUUCAGUCCUGUGGGUGGUAGUAAUUGCACAUUACAAAGUGGGUGCCAAUUACUUUUCACCACAACCCAAUCUGGCGAGUCAUUGCCCAGUUAGGCCACCGUCCAAGCAGACUGUAAUGGCACCUAAAAGUGGGGAAAAAAAUAAUCCAAGGAUGCAAUUAAAUGUCAUAGUUUCCCUAGUUAUGUAUUUGUGUGUAAUCAUGUGAACGAACAAAGAAAGUGCAAUGAAAAUGUAGCAGAAUUCACAUUUCAGAGGUAACAAACAGAGAAACUGAAUUAUUUCACUGAAUGUUUUUUUUUUCCCUCGCAAAUUUUUGGGUGGUUACGAAAAAGGAAUAUUUGUUGGUGCUACAAGAACGGAUGUGAUGGACAACACUAGUCCUAUGGAACUACUUUAUUGCCUUGGUAUUCCAUGGAUGCUUGGUGUGUCAUCUUUUCAUGUUUGAAUGGUUUGUUUGUUUUUUUUUAAGAAGAAAAAAGGAAAAGAAAUGAUGGAACAGGUAGUAUAUGAUAAUAAGGAAGAAGUAUUAGGGCGACACUGAAAAAAAUACACUACAAGAAUUAAAUCUUUUUUCAAGAAGUCUGUUUUUCCCCUCCAAGAAUUAUAAUAAUUUGCAAUAUUUUGACUUUUCCCCCAAAAUAUUAUAAGAUUGUAGCUUUCAUUUUAUUAGGCAACUACUACAAUUACAACUUUAUAAAUGAAGUAUAUUUUUUUUUCUUGGAAAAUACUUUUUUUUUUUUACCACAAAGACAUUUAAAAAAAAAUUAAGAAAAGCACUUUUUUCCUUGUAGAAAUUCGACCACAGUAUUGUGGUAUGAUUUUGACUUUAUUCUCGAUAAAAUAUGACUAUUCUCGUUAGAUUAAGACUUUUAUUUUUCUCCAAAAUAUCCAACUUGAGAACUUGAGAAAUCUGGUUUGAUUCUUUUAAGAUUAUUUUUUUUUGUUGCAAAAACAUAAUUUUAUUCCCGAGUUACAACUUUAUUCUCCAUCAAAAACAAAGAUUCCAACUUUUUCUUUAUUAGUCUAUGCUACACAAAUCUGGUAAGAAAAUAUAAAUAGUUUCUUAAGAUUAUGUCUUUUUCUUCAAAGACAUUUUACUAUCCCCCCACCCCCCAAAAAUCUCUUUUAUUCAUGUAGGGGUCUCACUUUUUUCAUGGAAAAAAAUAUAACUUUAUUCUUGAAAUAUACAACGUAUGAAUGAUUUCAAAAAUACUGUCUUUAAAUUGUUUUGCAUUACAACGUUUUGGCUUUUCUUGAAAAAAAAAAAAAAAAAUCCCCCCAAAAUUUUUAUUUAUGUAGGAUGAGCUUUUUUUUCCCCGAGAAAAAAAGACAACUAUGAGCUCCUGAAAAACCCCCACCCCGCUCCAAGUAAAUUUUAUUAUUUUCAGGUUACACUGCUUUUUUAAAAAUAAAUUCUACAAAAUCUUCAAAUAUUUUCACCAUUUUUGCUCAAGGACAACAUGGUCUCAAGGGUUGAGAUCAUGAGAUCAUAUGAUUACGAGGAUCCCCCCCCCCAAAAAAAAAAAUCUGACUACUGUCCUCUCAUCAGGUUACAAUACUUUCUUUCAAAUAUUUUGCCUUUAUUCAUGUAACAUCACGCCCAAUUUCUCCAAAAAUCCAAAUUCAUUUAUGAACAUAUGCCUUGAUACUUGUACGAUGCAACUUUAUUAUUUAAAAUAGCUAUAUUCUCAGAGGGUUAGAACCUUUUCUUGCAAAAGUAGCACAAAAUGAUUUAUUCGCAUGAACGUUGAGAUUUGUUUCCCAAAAGUAUUUGACGCAAUUUACUCGUAUUAUGACCUUCUGUUUAAUAAAUUCGACUUUAUUCUUGUAUGAAUCGGACACGAUUCUAGUAGUACUGUCAAUAUAUAUUUUUAAAUAUAUUUAUAUAUAUAUUUUUUUCCCCUUCCCCUUUCAGAGUGGCCCUAAUACUCCUUUCGUAGCUGCUCCACAUGCUUAGCAUCCAAACCCAUUCACGUGUGUUUCCUUCCACACUGCCUUCCUGUACAUUGUACUUCAGUGUUAUAUGAGAUGAUAUAUAAAGCGCGCAUAUGUGUAUAUGUAAAAAGUUUUGAAGUGGAAAGAUGACAACUUGACCUAUGUGCCAAACUUGAGAAAAUCCAGUGUAUCCAUCCAUCCAUUUAUCUGCGUCGCUUCUCCUCACAAGGGUCACAGGAAUGCUGGAGCCAAAGGCAGCUGUCCACGGGCAGGAGACGGGGUACACUCUGAACUGGUUGCCAGCCAAUCACAGAGCACAUAGAAACAAACAACAGUCACACUCACAAUCAUACCGAGGGGCAAUUUAGAGUGUCCAAUUAAUUUUGUAUGUUUUUGGGAUGUGGGAGGAAACCGGAGUGCUGGGAGAAAACGCACGCAGCCAAGGGGGGAACAUACAAGCUCCACACAAGCAGGUCCGGUAUUGAAGGCGGGACCUCAGAACUGGGAGUCCAAUGAUCAAUCCAGUUGCUCCACCGUGGGGCCUUUAGACUAAAUGCACACCAGUCACAAUAAUCCCGCAAGUCACGACUAACUGGAGACUAUCCCGACUGAGUUUUGGCAACAGAAGUCACGAGAUACACCCUGGACUGGUCGUCAGUCAAUUGCAAUUUUGCAAAGCGCACACAAUCGCUCACAUUCACACCAACGGGCAAAUUAGUGUUCACUCACCCUAACAUGCAUGUUUUUGGAAUGUGGGAGCAGACGGAGUACUCGGAGAAUCCCCACACAAGCACGGGGAGAA